AUGGAAUUGUUGGUACAGCUGAAAAGAGAGAGGGGUGGUGCGGGAGGAAUCCGUAGAGGGAGAUAGAGGGGGACACAGGGUGAAGGGUAGAUCAGAAAUGAAGGGAUCCAGAGGAGAUGAGGGAGACGAGGAGAGGGAAAUGGGAAAGAGGAGAAAGACCAUAUGGAAAGUACGGGUGGAGGACAGUCAGGUGGAUCCUGUGGAUGAAAUGAGUUUGGAAAACAGAGUAGAACAGGAGUCGAGGGAGGGUGGGAAGGGAAUGGGGCAGGGACAAGAGAUACAGGAGUAGUCCAAGGGUGCCACCCAGAAACGGGUGACACACAAGGUAGAAGCACCACGCGACGGCAGGGAGAGUUAGGAAAGGGACAGGAUACAUGCUCAUGGGAAGCUCGAGGAGACAGAGAUCAGAGUAGGGAGAGGAAGAGGGAGGCAGGGCGAGAUAAAGGAAGAGAUAGACACCCAAGAGCUUCUGACCCGAGACUAAUCCGAGUCAACAUGCAGGCAUGGUUUGAAUCGGGAGGUAGCGUGAGUUAUUAAGCUCAUUCAGAGCUCCUACAGAACAUACUACCACAUAUGGGGUUUGACCAGUCAACCACAGGGGAUGGGGGGGUAAGGGGGAGAGAAGAGAGGGAGGGGAAAAUAGGGGGGAAUAGAUAAUAGGUACAUAGGAGAGAUUGGACUAGUUGAGCCACCCAGACGGGAGGAAACCUCAGAGGAGGACUGUGUAGAAGUGGAGAGAGAGGGCCACAUCCAAUUGGGGAGGAAGAAACCCACCCUAGUCAGGAGGGGUUUCCUCAGAAGAUCACCUAGACUGUCCAGUAGAACUGAUGAAUCAUCUGAUGAGUGGGGGACUAAAGAGAUGAAUGAUAUAUUUGAGACGGACGCCACAUCGGACGAAGACAGGGAAGGAGAUGAAACGGAGGUGAACAAAACCCAAGGGGCAGGAAUAGAAGGGGGACUGAGGAGAUGUAAUCGUCUGGGGAAUGGAGAGGGGGAGGAAUCAGUGAAUAGGGGAAAGGAGCUGAACGGAAGGGGGAGGGAAGAGAGGAUGCGAGGGAAACAGAGUGAGAGCAGGGAGAGAAGGAGCAUAAGACUUAGAGUUGCAGCGAUGAUCUUGGGUAAGGAGGAGGGAUGAGAAGGGCAGAUGGGCAAAAACACCAAGGGGCGUGAGCUCGGAGGAGGAGGCCACUAAGAGCGGGUCUGAGCACACAGUGAGCUCAGACCGAAGAGAGAAGAGUAGGCAAAAGAGGAGGUUAGAGAGACUGAGUCUGUUGAGGACUCAGCGGGGGAUAGACAGUGAUGUGCAGGACUCCAGUAUGGAAUUGUAGGGGGGUUGGAAAUAGUCCUACUCAAUGUAGAGUUAGAAACCUAACUAGUCAACAGAAAUUAGAAAUUGUAGCGCUUUUAGAACCCAUGAUAAAUUUAGAAAAAGCAGGAGAUAUUAGGAGAAGAUUAGGAUUUGAAAACAUGUGA